UCUCAAGUAUUUCUGAGGGUAUACUCCUUACCCACAGAAAUAUACACUUGGGGCAAAAUCAGAAGAGGCUUCUCAUUCUCCCAACCACUGGACAGGAAGAGAAUUAACCCACAAUGGGUCAAGAAGAACCUCAAAAUAAACUCAGAGGCCAGCAUUCCCAGAUGAUCCCUUGGGCCAUUGCUGUUUUUUACAUCUCAGUUCUCAGUGCUUGUUUUAUUACAAACUGUUUGGUAACUCAUCACACCAUUCUACGCUGCAGGAGAGAAGCAAGAGUGUUCAAGUUACCAGAGUACUACAAGAAGCUGACAUGCACCAGAGAGAAAUCAAAAUUGAAAGGGACCACCUGGAAUUGCUGUCCUUUUGGCUGGAGAGCAUUCCAGUCCAACUGCUAUUUUCCUCUUAAUGACAAUAAGACAUGGGAUAAGAGCGAAAGGAACUGCAUGAGGAUGGGGGCUCAUCUGGCCACCAUCAGCACAGAAGCUGAGCUGAACUUUAUUUCUCAAUUUUUGGAUAGACGAUUUUCAUAUUUCCUGGGAUUUAUAGAUGAGAAUCAUGGAGGCCAAUCCUUGGUGAACAAGACAGCAUUUAACCCACAUAAUUUAUUAUGGCAUGAGGGUGAACCCAAAAAUCAGGAAGAAAAUUGUAUUGUCCUUGUUAAUGUCCAAGACAAAUGGACAGGGAAUGAUUCUCCUUGUAACUUUGAGACAAAAAGUAUUUGUAAAUUACCUGGAGCAGCAUUCAACUAGAAACCUCCAAAGAAGUCCUUGCGAUGGGGACAGAAAAGAAGAACCAAUUAGACUAAGGAAGAAUGUACCUGCACCAUUGGAACAGAGAAAACCUGCUGAGAAAAUAGAAAAAUUUCAGUUAUGAUGGCCUUAUUUAUUUUUGUUCUAUUCAUUCAAGAUACUAUGUUUUUGUGUGGUAUGGUGGCAGAGUCAUCUUUUGUGUGAGAAUCCAUUUUCAUUAACAUUGCUUUCUUGAUAGUAUAUCAGAGUAGUUUCUUUUCAGUUGGUGUGCACUGAUGACAUAUCAACCAGAAUGGCUCAAGAUGAUGCCAUCUCUUAGUCAUUGCUUUCCUCUGCUCAGAUUUUUACAGUGUGGGGUAUUCCAACUGGUAGUGGAAUGCCAUUAUUUUGGCCCCAGUUACAACAAACUCUUUAAAUUUUUUUAAAGAUUUAUGUAUUUAUUUGAGAGAGGGAGAGAGAGAAUCUCAAGCAGAUUCCCCACUAAGCACAGAGCCUGAUGUGGGGCCCAACAUGGGGUUCAAUCUCACAACCCUGAGAUCAUGACCUAAGUUGAAAUCAAGAGUCAGUUGCUUAACUGACUGAGCCACCCAGGUGCUCCCUAAUCUAUUUCUUACAGUCUGAUUAUUUUUCACUACCUCUUUGGUGACCACCACAGACCACCUUUCUUACCUGGGUUAUUGCAAUAGCCUUCUGAAUGGUCCCCCUGUUUCUCCCCUCAGCCCCUUUCAGUCUGUCCCCACCUCUCAUGGCACUUCUCCUAUUCUUCAUACUGUCUUUAAGACAGCUGAUAGUUAUUUCAUAAAAAUAACUGCAAAAUUUAUUAGGACACUGUGGUAGUCCUAGAAGUUUGAAACACUUAAAAAAAUUUAAACACUGUGGGGGGUGGGAGAUUGGGGGAGCCAGGGGAUGGGUAUUAAGGAGGGCCUGUAUUGCAUGGAGCACUGGGUAUGAUGCAAAAACAAUGAAUUCUGUUAUGCUGAAAAGAAAUUAAAAAAAUUAAAAAAAAUUUAAACACUUGUUUUGUCAUUGAAAAAGUAUGAUAUGUAUAUGUUAAAAAGGCAAACCAGAAAAUUAUAAAUGAAAGUAUGAAUUAAAUCUUCCACUUUGAACUCCAGUCCCUUAAAUGCCUCUUCAGAGAAACUAUGAUUGUCAGUUUUUUAUACAUAUUUCUGUAUAUGCUUAAAUAUGUGUUAUAUAAAUGUAUAUACAUAUACAUCCCAUUUUUUUUCUAACACUAGUGGAAACAUUAUCUAUAGCAUCUUAAAUGUCUGACAAUUUUUUUUUCUCCCAUGAAUCUCAGGGGUUUUGUCUGUUUGGUUUUUUUUUUUUUAAUUUUUUUUUUAUUUUCAGCAUAACAGCAUUCAUUAUUUUGGCACCACACCUAGUGCUCCAUGCAAUCCGUGCCUUCUAUAAUACCCACCACCUGGUACCCCGAACUCCCACCCCCCGCCCCUUCAAAACCCUUAGAUUGUUUUUCAGAGUCCAUAGUCUCUCAUGGUUCACCUCCCCUUCCAAUUUCCCCCAACUCCCUUCUCCUCUCUAACUCCCCUUUUCCUCCGUGCUAUUUGUUAUGCUCCACAAAUAAGUGAAACCAUAUGAUAAUUGACUCUCUCUGCUUGACUUAUUUCACUUAGCAUAAUCUCUUCCAGUCCUGUCCAUGUUGCUACAGAAGUUGGGUAUUCGUCCUUUCUAAUGGAGGCAUAAUACUCCAUAGUGUAUAUGGACCACAUCUUCCUUAUCCAUUCGUCCGUUGAAGGGCAUCUUGGUUCUUUCCACAGUUUGGCGACCGUGGCCAUUGCUGCUAUAAACAUUGGGGUACAGAUGGCCCUUCUUUUCACUGCAUCUGUAUCUUUGGGGUAAAUACCCAGGAGUGCAAUGGCAGGGUCAUAAGGAAGUUCUAUUUUUAAUUUCUUGAGGAAUCUCCACACUGUUCUCCAAAGUGGCUGCACCAACUUGCAUUCCCACAAACAGUGUAAGAGGGUUCCCCUUUCUCCACAUCCCCUCCAACACAUGUUGUUUCCUGUCUUGCUAAUUUUGGCCAUUCUAACUGGUGUAAGGUGAUAUCUCAAUGUGGUUUUAAUUUGAAUCUCCCUGACGGCUAGUGAUGAUAAACAUUUUUUCAUGUGUCUGAUAGCCAUUUGUAGGUCUUCAUUGGAGAAGUGUCUGCUCAUAUCUUCUGCCCAUUUUUUGAUAUGAUUGUCUGUUUUGUGUGUGUUGAGUUUGAGGAGUUCAUUAUAGAUCCUGGAUAUCAACCUUUUGUCUGUACUGUCAUUUGCAAAUAUCUUCUCCCAUUCCGUGGGUUGCCUUUUUGUUUUGUUGACUGUUUCCUUGGCUGUGCAGAAGCUUUUGAUUUUGAUGAAGUCCCAAAAGUUCAUCUUUGCUUUUGUUUCCUUUGCCUUUGGAGACAUAUCUUGAAAGAAGUUGCUGUGGCUGAUAUCGAAGAGAUUACUGCCUAUGUUCUCCUCGAGGAUUCUGAUGGAUUCCUGUCUGUUUUUCAUCAUGAUCAGGGUACUCUCUUUGAUCCCCACCUCCUCUUUCCCCCUUUCCCUACCAUCUCUCCUCUGGUAACCACCAGUUUGUUCUCUAUAAUUAAGUCUGUUUCUUGGUUUGUCUCUCUCAUUUUUUCCUUUGCUCAUUUGUUUUGUUUCUUAAAUUCCACGUAUGUGAAAUCAUGUGGUAUUUGUCUUUCUCUAUUUCAUUUAGCAUAAUAACACUCUUGUGCAAAUGGCAAGAUUUCACCCAAGUAAUAUUCUCUUGAGUGUGUGUGUGUAUGUGUAUGUGUGUGUGUGUAUAUAUAUAUACAUACAUAUGUGUGUGUGUAUAUAUACACACACACACACACACACACUAUAAUGUUGUGUGUGUAUAAUUCUGUUGUGUGUGAUGUGUAUAUCACUUUCCUUUAUCUAUUCAUUAGUUGAUGUACAUUUGGGCUGCUUCCAUAGUUAGGCUACUAUAGAUAAUGCUGCAAUAAACAUAGAGGUGCAUGUAUCCCUCUGAAUUAAUGUUUUUAUAUUCUUUGGGUAAACACCCAGUAGUAUGAUAGUAUGGCAGUUCUAUUUUUAUUUUUUUGAGGAACCUCCAUACUGUUUUCUACAGUGGCUGCACCAACUUGCAUUCUCACCUACAAUCUUCUUCACAUCCUUGCCAACACUUGUUGUUUUUUGUGUUUUUGAUUUUAGCCAUUCUGACUGGUGUGAGGUGAUAUCUCAUUGUGGUUUUGAUUUGUUUUCCCCCGAUGAUGAAUGAUGUUGAGCAUCUUUCAUAGACUCAUGAAAAGAUUUUUUCUUCUUUGGAGUAAUGUCUGUUCAUGUCUUCUGCUUAUUUUUUAAUCGGAUUAUUUGUGGUUUUAGGUAAUCAUCUUGCAUUUUUUACUUAAAAAUAUAGUUUGGGAAACGUUUUAUACCUUGUUCCAAAUAACUAAAUAGUGUUUCAUUAUAUUGGUAUAUCAUAAUCUGAAAUAACCUUUAAGUGAUAAAAUAUUUCCUUUGUAUAAUAAAAAUCAACAAAAUAAUGGCUAUGAAAGAAACCAUAAGAACAAUCCCAGUUCAGAUCAGAAAAGAAAGACAGUUCCAAGAGGAGUUCUUUUCCUCUUAAAAAUAUGGGACUGAUAGAAUGUAUCUGAAUGCAUUGAGAGGUGAUAUACAAUUCUGGGUAGUUAAAGGAUGCAUUAUUAAUCAGUACAUAGAAAACUAGAUAUAUAAAAAAUGUUGCCAAUAUUAGCUAUACAAAAAGCAAAAUGUAUUUAAGAAAGUAUGUAAUAUAAUACAUAAUCAUGAUACAGUACAAGAUUCAGCUGUGAUAACAUUUACAUAUUCAUGAUAACAUGAGUAAAAAUUUUUGAUAAUGAGUGUGUAUUAUUUUCACCAAAUGUAUUAGAAUGAUUUUUCUUUAAAAUAUUUAGAGGCCCACAUGGCAAUAUUUACAUCUUAACAGUGAUUUACUUUGGGAAUAUGGUCUUGGGACUACAGAUGAUUGCUUACUCUCUUAUUUUUUGGAAAUUUCUGGCUUUUAUGGUGCCUGAAUAUUUUUGUAGGCCCUAUUGUAAAAAUAUAUUUUAAAAUAGAAUCAACCAGAUGAUGUACCCCUCAGAAUUUUCAAUAUAAAUAACUUGGUUUCUGUUGAUCUUUAAUCAGUAAACCCUGAAUGAUUGUUUCUUUUCUUGCCAAACUUUGAAGACAAAGUUAAUUGCAUAACAAAUUAUAAAUAUAUGGUGAAUAAAGUAUACUAAUACUUUCA